AGAACGAAUAUAAACAAGGGCGCCCUAACUCGUCGUCCCCGACGGCGCAUCGUAAGGUCAAUGCGAGCUAUCAUGGACGACGACGACGAAGAAAUCAACCCCUUCACCAUGCUCCUAUCUCACCAACACGAACCAGAUGACACCAAACCGAACCUGUUAGCUUCGGCACCACCGAACCAAGAGCUUCUCCAGAAGCACUUCCUCCAUUCGAUUCAAUCAACGGUCCUCAUUCGCCUUCUCCCAUCCGAGGGCCUCUCCUUCCAGCUCUGGCCCGCCGCCACCUCCCUCGUCUCCCUCCUCGACAGCCACCGCAUCAACCCCCUCACCAGCCCCCUCUCCGCCGCCAUCCCCGCCACUCCCAAAAUCCUCGAGCUCGGCUCCGGCACUGGCAUCGUCGGAAUCGUCGCCGCCGCCACUCUCGGCUGCAAUGUGACCAUCACCGACCUCCCUCACGUGGUUCCCAAUCUCAGAUUCAACGCGGAAGCCAACGCAGGCGUUGUGGGGUCCAGCGGUGGGGCCGUGAAUGUUGCGGCGCUGAGGUGGGGCCAGGGUGAUGACGUGGAGGAGAUUGGUCGGGAGUUCGAUGUUAUUGUGGCGUCGGAUGUAGUGUAUCAUGAUCACCUUUAUGAGCCGCUUCUCGAAACGCUGCGUUUAAUGAUGUUGGUUGAGAAGGAGCAGGAGAAGAAGAAGAAAAUGGUGUUUGUGAUGGCUCACAUGAGGAGGUGGAAGAAGGAGUCAGUGUUCUUCAAGAAAGCUAGGAAGCACUUUAAUGUUGAUGUUUUGCAUGUUGACACUCCUAGCAAUGGUUCUAGAGUUGGUGUUGUUGUUUACCGUUUUGUGGGGAAGGGUUAAGGUUCCAAAUUUUCAAGAUAGUGUGAUUCAUAAUUCAAGUUUGACAAACACAAUUGUAAUUUGCAAGUAACAUUUGCUUUUUUUGGUUACAUUUGGAAAAGAGCAAAGUAACAUUUGCUUAGUUUUCUUUA